AUGUCCGACAAGCCCAAUAUAUACGGGUACAAUCCCUCCCUUCCCGCCGCUGUCAUCUUCAUCAUUCUCUUCAGCGCUACGACCGCUCACCACGGCUAUCAGCUCACCAAGUCACGAUGCUGGUACUUCAUUCCAUUUGUGAUCGGUGGAAUAUUCCAGGUCAUAGGAUACAUCUGUCGAGCCGCAUCGCAUGACAACUUCUAUGGAAUCCCACUCUAUGCGAUGCAGUCCCUGUUCAUCCUGCUCGCGCCGCCGCUGUACGCGGCCUCAAUCUACAUGAUCCUUGGGCGAACAGUGACCUACCUACAGGCUGAGCCCCUGAGCAUGGUGCCAGUCAAGUGGAUGACAAAGAUAUUUGUGACGGGAGAUGUGCUUUCAUUUCUCUUACAAUGCGCUGGUGGCGGUCUCAUGUCCACAGGAGGCUCCAUGCGUGACGCAGGCUCAAACAUAACCAUCGGUGGCCUCGUCGUCCAGCUUCUCUUCUUCGGCUUCUUCGUGAUCGUCACAACUAUAUUUCACUUCCGCAUCUCACGUCGACCUACCCCCAGAUCGCAGUCAGAUCGUGAUAAUACCCGCGGUGAUGGCUGGAAACAACGCAAUUGGUUCACUAUCCUGAUCGGACUGUACAUCGUCAGCUUCCUGAUCCUAGUGCGGUCUGUGUUCCGCUUGGUCGAGUACAAAGAGGGUUAUGACGGGUACACCAUGACCCAUGAGGUCUUCAUGUACAUCUUUGAUGCAUUGUUGAUGUGGAUCGCUAUGGCUGUGAUGAAUGUGUACCACCCCGCUGAGAUCUUGGGGGAUGGGAAAGGUGAGAGCCGCGAGUAUUCAGAUGUGAUGCAGCUAAGCUAG